GCGAUAGACAGUAGUACUGGAGUUGAUGAGAUAGAAAAGGCCCGAGGGUGAUCACAUACAAACACAAAUCUACGCUUGGCACCACGACAGCGAAGUCCGUCGGCCUCGUCCAACUCGCCCGUCGAGCAACCAGUAUCCUCAUCCGCAUAAUACAAGUUUCGCCCUGCUAGCGCCAUGUCCUGAAUGCCGCUCGCGUGUCGCCCUACCACAACCCGCGCCUAACCUGACGAGACCCUGGCAUGCGAACGCUGCUUAAACACGUCAAUCUCUGUCUACCAACUUUUAAUCUCCUCGACGACCAAAGCCCUCGCUCCUCCCCGGAGACAGGCAACCCUUGAACAAGCAUGUUUUGGCGAUUCGGCGGUUAUGCCAACAUCUCUUCCAUCGAUUCCAUCCUCGAGAAGCCCAAUGUCUCGCUCGAGGAGCUGCUCGACGAGAGUGACCUGAUCCAGGAGCUCAAGCAGAACAACUCCAAGCUCAUCGAGUUUCUCAGAGAAGAGUCCACUCUCCAGAAGCUGCUGGAAUACGUCGUUGCCGAUAAGCCCCCGCGUCCCGACAAUGCCUCUACAGUCGCAAAGGACGAAGAUGCCGACAGAUCAUCCCCCAUCAGCUUCUUCAAGAAGUCCGCCUCGCGCUCCCGCUCAAAGUCGGUCAACAAGUCGGAUGCCGGCGGCGAAGCUCCUGAAGCAGACGAAGAAGACAAGGGGGAAGCCUUGCGCAAGAAGUACGCAUAUGUUGCGUGUGAGGUCCUCUCUUCGGAUGUCUGGUCCAUAACGGAGGCUGUACUGGAAUACCAAAACUACCUACGCGAUUUCUGGAACUAUGUCAGCCGCCCUGCGCCGCUCGACCCCCUACAAGCUGGCUAUUUCACAAAAGUCAAUGAAUCUCUACUGGACAAGAAGACGGACGAAAUGAUGGCCUUCUUCAAGUCACUAGACCACGUCGUUCCCGACAUGUUGCAGCAUGUUGAUUGUCCUAUGAUUAUGGAUUUGUUGUUGAAAAUAAUCAGUUUAGAGAAGGCACCCGGCGGCCAAGGAAUUGUUGAUUGGCUGCAAACUCAAGAACUCAUCCCCGUUCUUCUCUCAUAUCUCGGUCCUGACAAUAGCCCUUCGACCCAAACAGCUGCUGGAGACUUUUUGAAGGCGAUCAUCACAAUCUCCGCGAAUGCCACUACUCAAGACCAGACCGUGAUUGGUCCCAACGAGCUGACUCGACAACUAGUUUCUGAUGAAUGCACAUCCAUCCUGAUCAAGAACAUGCUCGCAGGUGGCAACUCACUGACCGUCGGAGUCGGCAUUAUCAUUGAAGUCAUCCGCAAGAACAACUCUGACUACGAUCUCGACAACCAAGUUGGUCCUGAGCCCAGGACCACCGAUCCGAUCUACCUAGGCAGUUUGCUUCGCCAAUUCGCAACUCAUGUGCCUGACUUCAUGCACCUGAUCAGAAGUGCUGGAGCCAAGAAGCCUGGUCUCAAGACUGCCUUUGGCAAGGAGAUUCAGCCCCUAGGCUUCGACAGAUUCAAGACGUGCGAACUCAUGGCCGAACUUUUACAUUGCAGCAACAUGGCCCUCUUGAAUGAGCGUGGAAGCGAUGCUCAGAUCAAGCACCGAGACGACGAAAGAGAAAAGCUCAAGCUCGAAGGGCGAUUGACUGGACAACCUAUCGAGGGCUCAUCGUAUGACGAGCAUGAGCCAUUUGCAAGUAGCGUCGACAGCCACGGAUUCCACCACGCACAACGACCAGACGACGAUCUUAGUGGAUCGCCCGAAGAAAUUAAAAGGCUCGAGGUGCAAAAUGCGUCCGAGGAAGAUGGUUUCGAGAAGGUAGCUGUGUCAGAGGCAGAUGAAUUCAACGAGAUUGCAGGAGAUACAAGCCUGCCACCUUCAACAAAACAGGACGACCCAUCGAGCAUUCACCACAGUCCAUCAGAGACGUCGCGAGAUGGUACGACCGUCCUCACGGAAGAGAUCAGCCAACUACACAUUGAUAGCCCGGAACAAGAGGGUGAUGAAUCUCAACCUGAGGAAUCUGAGCUCAACUUUUCAUCAGAUCAGCCCAGGACCGCCCAAGAAGACGUGGACAUGCUCUCGCACCCCGAAGAUAAACCCGCACCUCUGUUCACGAGCCCCAGUAAAACCAGCCAUUCCGCGUCGAGCUCCACCGAAGAGGACCCUAGCCAUAGUACGGCUACGCUGCAGCCCGAAGCGCACCCCACCGAAGGCGAGAACGGACUCUGGGAAGCUGAUGUCGAUGGAUCUCCUGUUGUUGGCGACUUGUUGAAGAUCAAAUUUGUCGAACACCAGGUCGUCCCGACAAUCCUCGACUUUUUCUUCCGCUUCCCCUGGAACAAUUUCCUCCACAACGUGGUAUACGACGUUGUACAGCAAGUCUUUAAUGGCAGCUUCGAACGCGGCUACAAUCGCACCCUUGCUAUAGACCUAUUCUGUCAAUCCAAUUGCACAGAUUUGGCUUCUCAGGCUGAUGUCACCCAACGUAUUUUGGACGGACAGACUGCAUCUGACAAUGCACAGAAGGAGAAAGGUAUGCGUCUCGGGUACAUGGGUCAUUUGACCUUGAUCGCCGAAGAAGUCUUGAAGUUGCAAGAUCGGCAAGCUCCGGAAGUCCUGGGCGAACAGAUUAUGGAGCGCAUCACUCGGGAUGAAUGGAUCCAGUAUCUCGAGUCAACACUAUCCGAGACCAGAGACCGCGACAAUGCCGUCCUUGGUGGCGUGAAACCAGACCAAGGAUUUGGUGCCCGACAGGUCGGCAUGGGCGCCAACAGCAUGCUCGGUCAAGGCAAUUUCUCGGGUGGCAACAACUCGAGCGCUCUUUCGAAUGCUGGUCUCGUGCCAGCUGACAGUAUGGCGUUGCAAGAAGCGGCCGACGCGAGCGGUUACGACACAGGAUCCGCAGGCCUGCUUAGUGGAUUCGGCAACGGCGAUGACGACGACGAUGAUCUCGAGGAGUCGAUAACAGGAGAGAAGAGGGAGAAGGCGGUCGAUGAUGAUGAGCAGGUCGGUGAACUCUCGUUUGACGAUGUCGACAUCAACCACUUCCGCUAAAGCCAUUGUUUUUCGCGCGCGCACCCUCCAUACACACUACACCUCUUGCACAUUGAAAAACCUGCCCUACCCCUCGCAGUCUUGUACCCCAAUUCCCCAUAGUUGCCUUCCACAUCUGCAUCUU